AUGAUCUCCAGCUCAGCAGCAGGCCCCGGCGGCGCCGCCGCGCCCGCCGCCGCGCCGCAGCUGCCCACCUCGCCCGCCGCGGCUGCGCCGCCGCCGGCCCUGGGCAGCCUGCGGCAGCGCCUGGCGGCGGCCUUCCAGCAGAGCCUGGACGCAGCCUUUCCCUCCAUGGCGGGAGAGCCUGCCAUCGUCAACCCCUGCAACAACCCCAAAUUUGGGGACUAUCAGUGCAACAACGCCAUGGGGCUGCACGGCAAGCUCAAGGGCCAGCCCGAUGCGCCCAAGAACCCGCGCGCCGUGGCCGAGGCGCUGGUGGCGCACCUGCCCGAGACGGGCAUGGUGGCGGAGACGAGCCUGGCCGGGCCCGGCUUCAUCAACAUCCGCAUCUCUCCUGACUGGCUGGCCAGCCACCUCACCACCAUGCUGCGCCAGGGAAUCUCCACCUGGGCGCCCGCGGGCUACGCCGGCCGCCGCGUCGUCGUCGACUUCUCCUCACCAAACGUCGCCAAGGAGAUGCAUGUGGGGCACCUGCGGUCCACCAUCAUUGGGGACACCCUCGCCCACACGCUGGAGUUCUGCGGCGCCGACGUGCUGCGCCUGAACCACAUUGGCGACUGGGGCACCCAGUUUGGCAUGCUGAUCCAGUACAUCGCCGAGAAGCGGCCAGAGGGGCUCAACGCCGCCAGCGACGAGGAUGUGCAGGACCUGCAGGUGCUGUACCGCGCCGCCAAGCAGCGGUUUGACGAGGAGGAGGCGUUCAAGCAGCGGGCGCGGGAGGCGGUGACGGAGCUGCAGGGCGGGCGGCCAGAGUACCUGCAGGCGUGUGCCUGGCAGCGCAUCUGCGACGCCAGCCGGCGCGAGUUCCAGAAGAUCUACGACCGCCUGGGGGUGCAGCUGCAGGAGCGCGGCGAGAGCUUCUACAACCCGAUGCUGAAGCCGGUGGUGGAUGACCUGAUGCAGCGAGGCAUCGCGGAGGAGAGCGACGGCGCCAAGUGCGUGUUUGUGGAGGGCGCCCAGAUACCGCUCAUCGUGCAGAAGAGCGACGGCGGCUUUGGCUACGCGUCCACAGACAUGGCGGCGGUCAAGCACCGCAUAGAGACGGAGAAGGCCGACUGGAUCAUUUAUGUGACGGACAUGGGCCAGUCGUCGCACUUUGACCUGGUGGGCGGCGGGGGGCGGGGGCAUGGUGGUGGUGGUGGUGGUGGUGACGGCAAGAAGUUCCGCAGUCGGUCGGGAGACGUGGUGCGGCUGGUGGAGCUGCUGGAUGAGGCCAAGCAGCGCAUCGUGGAUACGGUGAAGGAGCGGCGGCCGGAUGCCACGCCAGAGGAGAUUGAGGAGAUGGCGGCGGCCAUGGGAUACGGCGCAGUCAAGUAUGCCGACCUGAAGAACCACCGCACCACCAACUACAAGUUCUCGUACGACGACAUGCUCAGCCAGCAGGGCAACACCGCGGUGUACCAGCUCUAUGCUCACGCCCGCAUCGCCUCCAUCGUGCGCAAGAGCGGCCGCGACGUCAGCGAGCUGGCCAAGACUGCGCGGGUGGUGCUGGGGCACGAGAAGGAGGUGGCACUCGCGCUGCAGAUUGCGCGCUUCUCGGACGCGGUGGAUGAGUGCCUGGCGGAGCUGCUGCCCCACCGCAUCACCGAGUACCUGUACGACCUGUCGACCGCUUUCAACCAGUUCUACACCGAGUGCCAGGUGGUGGGCAGCCCGGAGGAGGACUCGCGCCUCCUGCUGUGCGAGGCCACCGCCCUCACCAUGCGCACCUGCUUCCAGCUGCUGGGCAUCCAGGUGCUGUACCGCAUCUGA